AUGUCACGGAAAAGCAUUCUAGGCUGCUUCUCUACAGCGAUAUGGAAAAAGCACUUUUUCAAGGAAACCUGCUGCCAAUGUGGUGCUGCGGACCCUGAAAUCCAAAAUGAAGAGCUGGAGAGAAGAGGAAAAGUAAAGAAAAGGAAGAAGAAAAACGAAAACAAGCGAGUGAUCGUCUCCAAUUUGCUCUUUGGAAGUAAGAAGUGGAAUGAAAAUCCAAACAGACACUACGACCCCAAUAAAAUCAAGACCACAAGAUACAACAUCUUGACUUUCCUCCCUAAAAAUAUCUAUGAGCAGUUUCACCGCUUCGCCAAUAUUUAUUUCGUGGUCAUUGCCCUGCUGAAUUUUGUGCCAGUGGUGAACGCUUUCCAACCAGAAGUUUCUGUGAUCCCCGUCUGUGUUAUAAUGGCCAUUGCAGCCAUCAAAGAUGCGUGGGAGGACUUUCGACGGUAUAAACUGGACAAAGAAAUCAACCAUAUGGGAUGCUACAUUUACAGCAGGGAGGAGCGUGCUUAUGUUGAGAGAUGCUGGAAAGACGUGCGAGUGGGGGAUUUUGUGCAGCUGCGGUGCAACGAGACCAUCCCAGCCGAUAUCCUGCUGCUCUACUCCUCCGAUCAGAACGGGGUCUGUCACCUGGAAACCGCCAACCUCGACGGCGAGACCAACCUCAAACAACGAAAAGUGGUGGCGGGGUUCUCCAGCCAG